CCGGAAGUGUCAGACGCGGAAGCACGAGUUUGCGGAUAAAAUAGUGAUUUCGAUGAGCAGGAUAGUGACAACCUUUGGUCAACAGCCCGUGGUCAACAACUAGACCAGUUUACACAAACACAUUUUAGAUACGUGCAUAUUGAGUUGAGAGCAUUGUAUUAUUAUGUCGUCGAACGGAGAGCUUAUUCUGCGCGCGGUGGAAACGCCACUUUUUUGGAUUGGUGCAUUGACUACGGCCUGGGUGUCAGUGUGCUCCAUUUAUCGAUUGCUCUCCGGGAUUAGGGUAUGGGUACUGGGGAACGGCCGGUUGGUAUCACCAACUAACCUCGGAAAAUGGGCAGUUGUGACGGGAGCUACGGAUGGAAUCGGGAAAGCCUACGCGGAGGAGCUCGCUCGUCGGGGCUUUUCUAUUGUACUCAUCAGCCGUACUCAGGAGAAGCUGGAUGAAGUCUCCAAGUCAAUUGAAAGUACAUGUGGUGUUGAGACCAAAACCAUCGCAGCAGACUUCAGUGCUCUAGACAUUUAUCAUAAGAUUGAAGCUGGUCUUGCUGGACUUGAGAUUGGUGUAUUAGUGAAUAAUGUUGGAAUCUCCUACUCUUACCCAGAAUUCUUCCUCAAUGUUCCCAAUCUGGACAGUUUCAUAGACACUAUGAUCAACAUCAACAUCACAUCUGUCUGUCAGAUGACACGUUUGGUGCUACCCCGGAUGGUGGAGAGAAAGAAGGGUGCCAUCCUUAACAUCUCCUCAGCCAGUGGAAUGUAUCCUGUUCCCCUCCUCACUAUCUACUCCGCCUCCAAGGCAUUUGUGGACUUCUUCUCCCGGGGGCUAGAUGCUGAGUACAAGAGCAAAGGCAUCAUCAUUCAGAGUGUCCUGCCAUUUUACGUGGCCACCAAGCUGAGCAAGAUCCGCCGGGCCACGCUUGACAAGCCCAGCCCACAGCGCUACGUGGCUGCAGAACUCAAUACUGUGGGACUGGAGAGUCAGACCAACGGCUACCUUCCCCAUUCUAUCUUGGGGUGGUUGACCACAGCCCUGCUUCCCGCAAGGCUCCUGAACAGUUAUGUGAUGGGAAUGAGCUUGUCUCAGCGCUCUCGCUACUUGAAGAAACAGAAGCAGGGUUAAAGGCGGUCAAGAGCUCUCGCUAAAUUUGACCAACAAUGAAAAUAUGGGACCAUCUGCUUGAUUUUCCUUCAUAACAUCGUGGAAUUGACCACUAAGAACAUGGAAGUGUGUGUGUGGUCCUCUAGUAUGAAAGGUUGCAAAUUACACCUUAGCUUUAGGGAAGCUUUGGUAUAGUUCUUGGUGAAAGUUUACCUGUGUGUUCUCUAGUUGAAAAUUGAAACUUUGAACAAGCUCUUCAACAAAAACACUAACUCUUAUUUGACACAAAAUGAAAAAAAAAAACAGUUCAUUAUCUGUCUAAUCUCUUCUAAAAGGCAUAUUCUUAAUUGCUUGUUCUUAGUUGCUUCAGAUAAUACCCCAAAUACAAGGCAUUGACAUACUUUUUCUUACAUCCUUUUGUUAUAAGAUAGUUCAUUCCCAAAUUAUAUUUUUCCUUAAGAUUUCUGAGAAGCUUGUUUGGUUUUGAAGGGAUUCAGUUGUAUUUUGAAUUAAGUUUUUUCUGUAGAAAACCAUGUACAGAAAUAGUGUAUGGUUUUCCAGGUCUUUAUUAUCUAAAGCAGGUGUUGAUCUUAACUAGCCAGGUGCUAUAACAAAGCAGAGAGCCCGUUAUGGAAUCAACACCUGACUUGACUCUAAUUGUCCAAUAUUUACAAAAUGUGCAAAAUGGUUUUUUAACAGUUGUGAUCUCUGGUGCGAGAGGAGACCUAGAUUGAUAGGAGAAACAAUUACUCUUUCUAGUAAGACUAUGAAAAGUUGAUCUCAGUUUCCAGUGGUAAGUUAGGUUUGAAGGAAGUUGCACAAUAAAGGUAAGUGAUUCUUGGCAGAUCAGUGUGAUUUAAAGUGUGAGAGAUGUAAACUUGAAUGCACAGACAAGUACACCUGGCUUUGUAAUUUACUAUUUAUCCUGGCGAAGGAGGCAGUGUACUAACUAUGUCACACUUGAAUAAGUUCAGCAUUUUCAAACAUUUAAAGUUUUGUUGUCACACAUCAGAGGUUGUCUCCGAAAAACCAUCAAUAAUUCUAGAUCAUACAUUGCCCCAAAAAUCUAACUAAUUACAAUAUGCUAUUGUUUUACUUGAAUGACAACACUGGCUGAUGCAUUACUAAGUGAGUGUGUUGUAGUCAUACUAAUGCUGAUGCUGUUUUGCUACAUGUGAAUGACCAAACAAUCACUUCUCACUAUGGAGACUAAAUCUGUAGAUCAAAAGGUUUCUGUCUUGUAGGUCUGAGUUGAGAAAAACCUCCAUCUUCUGGAACAUUGGCAUAACCUCACCAAACAGUCUAAGAUGGCACAUUGUUAUUCAAAAUGUUUUAUAAAAAGUUGGUCGUGUUUGUGAGGACUGAUUCCAAUUAACAAUCAAGUGUCAUUUUGUUAGGAUGGAUAUCGCUUUUUGGAAUGAAACAUUUGACCUGUGGAGAUUUCUUUUGAGGUCAAUUAAAGUAUUAUUGUUUGACAUGCGGCAUAACUAUAUAUUAUUUCUCUACGUCAUAUGAAUAGAUUCUGCUUUUAAUUAGAUUUCGCUUUUGUUCAGUUUAAACAAGAUGCUCUUGAGUGUUUUGAGUGGAGUAUUUAGUUCAGUGUGUUUAAAUCCCUGGCCUAGUUACAUUUGUUGUCUAUACACAUUCCAUCAAUAAACAUACUUGUCAAUUAAA